GAGAGAGAUCAGACACACUCACUCUCUCUCCCCCACGCGGGCACCGUCUGUACUGGGGAUCUGUUGGGGUUUCACACUCUCUCACCCUCACCGUCCUCACUCUGUGAGACACACACACACACACACAGACACACACACACACACAGACACACACACAGACACACACAGACACACACACACAGACACACACACAGACACACAGACACACAGACAGACAGACACACACACACACAGAGAGACACCCUCCCUCCCUCUCGCUGGGUAAUGGAUUGUUGCUGCUAUAAACAGGCUGUGAAGAUGGUGGUUGUUGGAGAUGGAGGAUGUGGGAAGACCUCUCUGCAGACAGUAUUUGCUGAGGGACAUUUCCCGGAGACCUACUUCCCCACCGUCUCCGAUAUAUUCUCAGCAAACCUCAGCUGUGGGAGCUUCCUGUUGGACAUCACUCUGUGGGAUACAGCAGGACAACAAGAUUAUGAUAGGCUCCGCCCACUCUGCUACAAAGGAGCCAAUGUGGUGCUGGUUUGUUAUGAUGUCAGCAAUCCAAUCAGCUUUCAGAAUGUGAUGAGACGGUGGCUGCCUGAGGUCAGACACAUCUGUCCCCAGACCCCGGUUAUCCUUGUGGCCUGUAAAACUGACCUGAGGAUGAACAAGAUCUGUCAACGCAACCUGGCCAGGAGGGGAGAAAAGGCCAUCACUUUCACCCAGGGACAGACUAUGGCUGAUCGGAUACAGGCGUCCGGCUUUCUAGAAUGUUCCGCGAAGCUGGAGGAGAAGGUGUUGGAGACGUUCCGCGAAGCCACUCUGGCAGCUCUGGGAGGAUGUAGGAAGACAAGGAAGACUACCAUGGGCUGCCGGGUGUCCUAGUGAGGAGAGCAGCUGGGUCCUGGAUAGACUCACGGAGAAACCACCUUCCUCCUCCAUUGGAGCCCACACUGAGAGGGACCUGGAUUGAUGGGGCUCACCCUUCAGCUGUCUCCAGGAAAAGCACCGAGGCCCUCUGUAACCGCUAGGCCGGAGCGAGACAGCAGGGGACCUGACUGGAUUCCCCAUCCCACCCUCCUGUCCGUGUGGACACAAACAUCGCAGGCUCCAAUUAGGCCGAAGGCUGACUCAGCCUGAAACAGAUGGAGCUGCUGCACGGGCACUCAGAGCAGGAAAGGCCCAGGCUCCAUUCUUGGCCUGGUGCUGGAUUGGCCUGAUUCCUCACCGUGACCCCCACCCCCCAGAGCGGCCUGUGAAGAAAUGGGAGUCAUUCUGAAAGCCGAGGACAACGCGAUCCUUCCUGAACUUCCCUUUCUGUAUUCAUAACUUUGAGUGACUUUAUUGUGACGCAGCCCGUUUCUCUGGGAAAGCCUGAAGCCGGCCUGGACUUGAGCUGACCCAUUGAACCGAUAGGAAUGUGUUGAGUUGUAACGCUGUGAGUUCGAUGGACGGGUUUGGAAUCCAUUCGGUCACUGACUGGAUCUAAUAAAGAUGA